UGUGGAUGACAAAAUUCUCUUCGCUAUUUGUGUUUGUUCAAAAGACAGUUAUGCAGCCCAAAGUAAAAUUAAUAAUGUAAAUAAUUAAUCGGAAAUCAAGCGCAGCAUCGAAACCGACGGUUUAUGUGACUCCUGAUUACAAAUCUCUGUCCAACAUGGCAGGCAGGAAUCGUCCUGUCCAACACAAAAACUUCACAACGAUAUUUUCGAAGCUGCAAGGUGCUUUUUCGGACGUCGUUACGCAUCCAAAAUACGCUACUGAUAAAAGGACUUUAGACAAAACAUGGAAACUAAUGGACAAAGUGGUCAAACUGUGCCAGCAUCCAAAGAUGAAUUUGAAAAAUUCGCCCCCUUUUAUAUUAGAUAUUCUACCAGACACCUAUCAAAGGCUUAAGCUUAUCUACUCAAAAUAUGAGGACAAUUUACAAGCAUUACACUCUAUCGAACACUUUAACAUAUUUAUAAUCAAUUUAAUGCGUAAGUGUAAACAAGCUAUUAAGCUUUUCAAAGAGGGCAAAGAGAAAAUGUUUGACGAAAAUUCGCAUUAUAGAAGGAAUUUGACCAAAUUGAGUUUAGUGUUUAGUCAUAUGUUAAGUGAACUUAAGGCAUUAUUUCCAAAUGGUGUGUUUGCUGGGGAUUUGUUCCGCAUCACCAAAUCUGAUGCUGCAGACUUUUGGAGAACAAACUUUGGAAAUAGCACUCUGGUACCUUGGAAGAUUUUCCGUCAAGAACUGAACAAUGUUCAUCCCAUCAGUUCUGGACUCGAAGCGAUGGCAUUGAAGUCGACGAUAGAUCUAACGUGUAACGACUACAUAUCGAAUUUUGAGUUUGAUGUUUUCACUAGGCUGUUCCAACCGUGGGCGACGCUUCUUCGGAAUUGGCAGAUAUUAGCUGUGACCCAUCCAGGUUAUGUAGCCUUCUUGACCUACGAUGAAGUUAAAGCUCGUUUGCAAAGGUAUUCCAAUAAAGCAGGUAGCUAUGUGUUCCGGCUUUCCUGCACUAGACUGGGCCAAUGGGCAAUUGGAUACGUGACAGGUGAUGGAGAGAUACUGCAAACCAUACCCCAGAACAAGAGUCUCAUACAGGCGUUGCUUGACGGAUACAGGGAAGGAUUUUAUCUGUAUCCUGAUGGACGGCCCGUAAAUCCUGAUCUGUCGUGGGCAGUGCAACCUUCGCAUGAAGACCACAUCUCCGUCACCCAGGAACAGUACGAGUUGUACUGCGAGAUGGGCAGUACUUUUCAGCUAUGCAAGAUAUGUGCUGAGAAUGAUAAGGACGUCCGGAUAGAACCCUGUGGACAUCUGCUUUGUACACCUUGUCUGACAGCCUGGCAAGCGGGUUCCGAAGGGCAAGGAAGCCAAGGCUGUCCGUUCUGCCGCGCCGAGAUCAAAGGCACCGAACAGAUAGUGGUGGACCCUUUCGACCCCAGAAAAUCCCAUCAGCGCAUCAAACCGGGGGCACCAGGGGCGGCGCUUUCAGGGGCAGUGGCAGCGGCCGCCGCUGUGGACGAUGAUGAUCUGGACAUGGAGGAUGCAGGUGAGCUUUGGAACUGUGCGGGAAGUAGUCUUCACGCUUUGUCAAUUACACCUAGGAACGAUAUAUCGGCAUCAGCCAGUCCAAUGAUAUCACCAGGUAGCAGCCCCCGCUGUGUUCGUCGCAACGUUCCUGUGGUGGUGCCCCCUACCGGGCCCCCACCGUUGCCUCCCAGGAAAAGUUCCCCUACCCACGAUCCACCGCCAGCACUUCCAACCACAUCAACAGACAGCUACCUACGGAACGGCAUCACAGAGGCGCAGUCAGUCUCUAAUCUCAGCCAACAAGGGGCUACCACCAUUGAGGUACCUCAGGUACCAAAAAGCAGUUCCAUGUUGAACGUGAGCAACAACCCAGACUUCUGCGAAGAUUUCACGGUAGAAAACGAAGUGAUCGAGCUGAGCUCUCCCGAGACUAUCUAUGGCGUGGUGAUCCAGAAUUGCGACUAUUACGACAGGAAUACUAUAGAAACGAAGCUCCCUAAUAGACACCUCAGCUGCCCUUCAAAAAGGUCAGCGCAAAAUACUCCGAAACCCGUCAAGUCCAGCACGACUCCGAAUAUCAGUCAGUCUAAUACUAUGACGUCAUACGAAAAUAUCGAAGUGGAAACUUCACAGGAUUGUUCAAAAAGGUACAAUCCCCUGGAGCGUGAGACGAACGUCUCGUACGAAAACCUGAACAUGGACUACAUAAAAAAAUUAGUCAGCGAGGGCUAUUCCCGAGAUUCGGUGAUCAAAGCGUUAGGAAUCACUAGGAAUAACAUUGACAUGGCGUGCGAUAUCCUUCACGAAUUCGGCACAAAGCUGGGAUAGCAGAUAGUAGCAGAUGAUUAGUUGAUAGUAGUGAAAGUAGAUCACUUUACUUUUGCCAUAUCAGAUACGUUUCUUAAAGGUACCUUCAAAUUAUUUAUUACGGUCCGGUUUUUCAGUUGUCUGUUAACCGCCUUUCAGAAAGUCACAAAAUGCUGUUUUCAAUGUCAGAUUUGUCCGAAAAUGGUAGAUGACUUAAUUAACCUUUUUUGCUUGACAGUGACAUAAGUUGUCCCAGAUGACACGAGCCACAAACAUCGAACGUCAUAAAACGCACAUAACACGAUAAUUCAGACUUAGAAGCAUGGUUGCCCGAUCAACGGUUGCGGGUUGGUUAACCAGAGCAGAAAACGAAUUUAUGGACAACUAAUAGUUAACUUGCAAGUUAUAGUUACCAAACUUGAAAGUUAACCAGCGACUGUUAAACCGGGCCGUAGUGUACUAGCAGUGCCACUAACUUGACAUUACAAGCAAAAAAUCUCCGAUAAGUAAUAGUCAUUUGACAGUUUUACUUGGAAAGUUUUGUGCGAGUUUUCAAAACAGGUGAUUUUAGAGAUUUUUUCGAAAUUUCACUUUUUUAUUAUUAAACUAAAAAUGAUUUCUUAUAAUUUUGUUUCACUAAAGCCCGAUUUUACUAUUGACUCGCGGGAUCUAAAAUCUCGAUCCGGAGCAUAAUACACGAAUGAGAAGGCGUGAUUCUAUAUCAAUUGAAUAUAGUCGAUUUCUUCUAAAAUAUAUGUCAUUUUUUUAUGUAUUACCUGGUUUAGCUACAAAAACAUAUUUUUUCACUUGAUCCAGAUAUCAAAACCUAUGACCCGGAGCAACGAUGACCAAUUAAAAAGCCUUUUUAAUUUUCAUCGAAAAUGGGCCAGUCGGAAACAAGGAUCAUAAACCCACCAUGCAGGUGAUAGAACCAAAUUCAAAAUAAACAUAAACACCUGAGAAAAUUGAAAAAGGAUAUAUCGGUUGUUAAUUAGGUGUAGACUUCAACUAACUCCUUAAUUAUCUUUCAUUACCACAUGUUUUUGCUGUUGUAUCUAAUUCGCAUGUUGUCCUUAAAUAGAGAUGUUUCUGGCUUCCAAUUAUUUUAAACACCUUUAUCUGGUUUAGACGAAUGUAUACUGCCUUUGCUUUAUUUAAUUUAGAAAAAAUGGUAGAAAUCAGAUAAAUUAUACAACAAAAGAAAGGUCUGUGAAAUGUAAACUCUUCUUUCUUGUGCUUCUUUGUCGGCUACAGAUGGAGUGUGUAUGCGAAUUCAGAUACUGAUUCUGAGCCCCUAGCACGACGCCUACGAUGCUCUUCGACAACUUCCAGAGUUUGAUAGGAUGAAUCCGUCGCAGAAUUAUAGUAAAAUAUCGAUUUAAACGCUGCAGAAGGUAGUGGUUCUACUUAUGGAUUACUUAUAAUAAUCUGACACCUAAAAUAUCCGGAUGAAACACUACCCACUUACUUAUUAAUAACCACUAACUUAAAUAACAUUCACCGUAAACUCAAAAACAACUCAGUAUCACAUUCAAAAUAAGCUCCCAUUGAUCGUAGCGGCACUUGAAAUAACUCUUUCU